AUGGCGAACCGCAAGAUUGCAAUCAUUGGUGCAGGCCCAGCUGGCACAGAAGUCACAGUCUUUGAAGGAGAGGCUCAUCCAAACUUCCGAUCCCAAGGCGGCACCCUCGACCUUCACACAGCAACUGGGCUCGCAGCUCUCAAAGAAGCCCAACUCUUUGAUGAGUUCCUGAAGCAUGCACGUUACGACGGACAAUACAUGGCAAUAGUUGAUAAAGACCUUGAAUAUCACCUAGUUCGAAACGCAGACGGCAAGUACAACAAAAUUGAAGAGCGUCCUGAAAUCGACCGUUCCAAGCUCCGUGAAAUAUUGGCCCAGUCACUUCCCGAGGGCAUGAUCAAAUGGGGUCACCAUCUCAAGAAGGUCGAGGGCCGAACACUCUUCUUCAACCAUACAAUAGUUGAUGGCUUCGAUCUGAUUGUCGGUGCCGAUGGUGCCUGGAGUAAGGUUCGAAAGGAGAUUGACCCAAGCCUGGUCCCCAAGUUCGCAGGGAUCGCCAUGCACGAGCUUGAAGUCACAGACGCUGAGAAUAAUGCUCCCGAGUUAACGAAGUUGGUCAACCGUGGAAGUGUUUUUGCCAGCACAGAUGGCAACCGAACAACGAUCCAACAGAUGGGCGAUGGUAGUCUCAACAUCUACUGCGGCUAUGUUACCGACAACGAAGAUUGGGCGAAGCCAGAGAAUUGCGGCUUCGAUCCUUAUAACUUGAAGGAGACAACCCAGGCAUUGCUCACCACCAAGUACAAGGACUGGGACCCUCGGCUGAAGCAAGCACUAGAGUUGGCUGACGGACGAUGCUCGCCUCGUUCUCUUUACAUGCUUCCCAUCGGUAGCAAGUGGGAGCAUAAGCAAGGUCUAACUCUUAUCGGCGACGCAGCUCAUCUCAUGACACCCUACGCAGGCGAAGGUGUCAACCAAGCUCUCGACGAUGCGAUGCAACUUGCAAAAGCCAUCAAUGGAGCUGCCAACAAAGAUGAUGCAGCACUUGACAAGGCGAUCAAGAGUUUCGAAAAGGACAUGUUUGCUCGCAUUCUUCCCAUUCAGGAACUCACCUGGGGACUGUUGCAAGAUUGGAUGUAUACACCUGGAGCUCCCAAGGCUGUCAUGGCCAAGUCUAUGAGCAGACAUGUCAAGCAUCGACUUCCAUUGGUGCUCCAGCCUCUGGGGUUGGCGGCUGUGCACGGGUAUUACUUUCUGAAGAACAAGAAUCUCAUUAGUUGA